AGGGCGAGCGCGGUGAGGCGCUCCCGGCCUGGCGUCCUGGUUUCGCAGACCCUGCCGUCUCUCCUGCCCCGGCCCGACUCACCCUCAUGUACCGCGCGCUGUACGCGUUCCGCUCGGCGGAGCCCAACGCGCUGGCGUUCGCCGCGGGCGAGACCUUCCUGGUUCUGGAGCGCAGCAGCGCGCACUGGUGGCUGGCGGCGCGGGCGCGCAGUGGCGAGACGGGCUACGUGCCGCCCGCCUACCUGCGCCGCCUGCAGGGCCUGGAGCAGGAUGUCCUCCAAGCCAUUGACAGGGCCAUUGAGGCUGUGCACAAUGCAGCCAUGCGGGAUGGUGGCAAGUACAGCCUGGAGCAGCGCGGGAUCCUCCAGAAGCUGAUCCACCACCGGAAAGAGACCCUGUCCCGCAGAGGCCCCUCAGCCCCCAACCCGGCAGCUAUGACCCCGUCCACCAGUGACCACCACCUGGAUGCUGCUGCUGCCAGGCAGCCCAAUGGGGUGUGUAGAGCUGGAUUCGAGCGGCAGCACAGCCUGCCCAGUUCUGAGUAUCUUGGGGCAGAUGGAGGCCUCUACCAGAUCCCACCACAGCCUCGCCGAGCAGCACCCGCCACGCCACCCCCACCUGUGAAGCGCCGAGACCGCGAGGCCCUACUGGCCUCGGGGAGUGGCGGCCGCAACACCACACCCUCUGGGGGCAGUUCUGUGUCCAGCGGCUCCUCUGUCAGCAGCACCUCCCUUGACACACUCUAUACCGGCUCCAGCUCAUCGGAGCCAGGCCCCAGCUGCUCACCCACGCCCCCACCUGUGCCCCGCCGAGGCACGCAUACCACUGUGUCCCAAGCUCAGCCCCCUCCCUCCAAGGUGCUAAACUCGGAGCCCCCUACAGAGGAGGCAGCAGUUGAUACAGCCCCAGCCCCUGAUGAGCUGGAAGCCCUGGGUGCACUGAGCCUGGGGACCACAGAAGAGAAGGCGCUGGCUGAGACUGCUGUGCCCAGGACCAUUGGGGCAGAGCUGAUGGAGCUCGUGCGGAGGAACACCGGCCUGAGCCAUGAGCUGUGCCGAGUGGCCAUUGGCGUCGUGGUGGGUCACAUCCAGGCCUCAGUGCCGGCCAGCUCACCUAUCAUGGAGCAGGUCCUCCUCUCACUGGUAGAGGGCAAGGACCUGAGCACUGCCCUGCCCUCAGGGCAGGUCUGCCACGACCAGCAGCGGCUGGAGGUGAUCUUUGCAGACCUGGCCCGGCGGAAGGAUGACGCCCAGCAGCGCAGCUGGGCCCUGUAUGAGGACGAGGGUGUCAUCCGCUGCUACCUGGAGGAGCUGCUGCACAUUCUGACGGAUGCAGACCCUGAAGUUUGCAAGAAAAUGUGCAAGAGGAAUGAGUUCGAGUCUGUCCUGGCCUUGGUGGCCUAUUACCAAAUGGAGCACCGGGUGUCGCUGCGGCUGCUGCUCCUCAAAUGCUUCGGCGCCAUGUGCAGCCUGGACGCAGCCAUCAUCUCUACACUAGUGUCAUCUGUGCUGCCUGUGGAGCUGGCGCGGGACAUGCAGACAGACACGCAGGACCAUCAGAAACUCUGUUACUCCGCCCUCAUUCUGGCCAUGGUCUUCUCCAUGGGGGAGGCAGUGCCCUAUGCACACUAUGAGCACCUGGGCACACCCUUCGCCCAGUUCCUGCUGAGCAUCGUUGAGGACGGGCUGCCCUUGGACACCACCGAGCAACUGCCGGAUCUCUGCAUGAAUCUACUUCUGGCUCUCAAUUUGCACCUGCCAGCCCCUGACCAGAACUUCAUCAUGGCCGCUCUGAGCAAACACGCCAAUGUCAAGAUCUUCUCCGAGAAGCUACUGUUGCUCCUGAACAGAGGGGAUGACCCCGUGCGCAUCUUUAAGCAUGAACCUCAGCCGCCACACUCCGUCCUCAAGUUCCUGCAGGACGUGUUCGCCAGCCCCGCCACAGCUGCCAUCUUCUACCACACGGAUAUGAUGGCGCUCAUCGACAUCACCGUGCGGCACAUCGCGGACCUGUCGCCUGGAGAUAAGCUUCGCAUGGAGUACCUCUCCCUGAUGCACGCUGUGAUCCGCUCCACACCCUACCUACAGCACCGCCACCGGCUCCCCGACCUGCAGGCCACACUGCGACGCAUCCUAACCGAGGAGGAAGCCUCGCCCCAGUGUCAGAUGGACCGCAUGAUUGUCCAAGAGAUGUGCAAGGAAUUCCCGGUGCUGGGCGAGGCCCCCAGCUAGCACCUUCUUUUCCUCCCUUCCCUGCAGCCCUGGGUAGGGUGCAGGGGACUCGGAGGCUUGGCCCUAAGAAUGUUUUGCACUGACAGUGUGAGGGGCGGUGAUGGUGGAAGGGACCUAAGCAGGGGCCCCCACCUGAAAUAGAGCUAAUGAGAGGGGCCAAGCGCAGGAUUAGGGACCACGCGCUGGGAGCUAUGCUGGGGCAGGGGGAGUGUGAACUGAAGCCCCUCCAUCUCCCGCUGGGCUGCCUCUUCAGCAUGCCUCCCCACCCCAUACACAUGCACACUCAGAGUCCUGCUGCUGCUCCAGGCUGGGCCAGAGCCCUCAUCCCCCGCGCCCACCUGGUCUGUGUCCUGGGCUUCAGCAAGCCGUGUCCCUGGGGUGAGAGGAGGCACGUUCCGCCAGCUCUGUUCUUUGCCUUAGCUUCACAGUGAGUGCUGCUCAUGUGCUCUGUCCCCCCAGCCGCCACCCCGUGGGGGUCUCUGCCCCCACUCCAGCCCCCAGAGGUCUUGGCCAAGCUGCUUCUUUGAAAGCAGAGUCUUAGAGACAGGCCAUCCACCCUGGAGCCUCACAGAAUGAGGUGAUGGCACUGAUAAAGCCAAUGACAGAAUCUAUUUUCUCUGUAAAAACGUAGACUGAAAAGCCAUGUGUAUUUUCCUAUGUGCUGCAGCUCAGCUUGGAAAUAAAUCACAGGCAUCUGGAAACAGGCUUCCCUGUAUGAUCCUGAGUGGUGGUGGGAGAGGAUGGUCAGGGGCACUGGGGCCUCAGGACCUCGUCACUAGCUUGCCCUGUCCUCUCCAGCCUGAGGAGGUGAUGGUCCCUAACAGGCCUCUCCAUCGAGGUCCCUUGAGCCCUGUUCCAGCCUCUCUUCCCUGGGUUCCCACUUCUUCUGGGCCACAGCCACAGCCACUGAGAGCCCCAUGGUCCAUUUGCAGGUGACUGCCCCUCCAGGCUUCACUUACAUCUUUCUUUGCCUUGAAUGCCGUGUCUGUCUCCCCUGUUGAAACCCUAUAUCCUUUAUACCUGUUCUCAAAUGAAGGGGCUCCUAUCCAAGCCCUGGCCUCCCUGAACUCUUAGGGCUGCCCAACUGUUUCCCUUCCUUAUUUGUCUUCCUCUGGAUCCAGCGAGGUUCCCUCAUUUUGCAGCCUUAGCGGAGAUUUGGUAAUUACAGUAGGACAAAAAGAAUAUCUCAACAAGUGUGGGGUUAGUUGUGCACUGUUUGAGGGGAAUCAGAGGCCAACGUUGGGCAAAAAACUUUUUCCUCGUGGGCUCCCCAGUUAACUAAGGCUGUCACCAUAAGUUGGGGAAGAGAGUCAGAACCUGUAGGCAGACACCAGGCAGCAGUGGUUUCCAUCAGUUCCCUUCAGUUUGUUACCCAAGAUGAUUCUCAUCAGAUUCCACACAUCCAGAAUCACUGAUGCUGUGACUUCUUGCCACGACUUUUCCUUUCUUAAUGGGGUGCUGAAGGCAGAGGGCUUUUACUCUCAGCAGAACGGACUACGGCAAGAAGCCCAGCAAGGCCAGUCCAGGGGUGGGGUCCCAGGGAAACAGGUCCGUGGGAGCAAAGCACAGGAGGCCAGCAGGGAGAUGUCCUUCCUGACCUGUUGACUCUUCCAGAAGUUUAAGUGCACAGGCUCACCUGGACCUGAGGAGGAGCUGACACAGUUGUCUGCAAGAAAGCUCUGUGUGGUACAACCUGGUCACUUCAUCCUGGAGGCCUCUGCCUCCCUUCCACAGACGGAAUCAACAACGCUGACUUCCAGGUACAGCUCCUUUCUCAUUGGAGUGCUGAAGGCGGAGAACCAUGGUUCUCCUCCUGAGAGCAAGUAACUCAGUGAUAAGCACAGGUCCUCAGGAAGCUGAGGCAGGAACAUUUGAUAGCCUCUGUGCCUUGCUCUGUUUGCUGUUAGGCUGCACACACUGACCUCGUGGGAAAAGCAGGGCAGUGCUUUGCCAUCUGUCCUAGUGCUGGCCCCCGUGAGAAACGAAGUGCAGCCCCGUGGCUGGAAGAUCAGAGCCCCUGCCCACUUCUGUGUGAUUGUCCAGGGGACCCUUGCAUGUGUUUGUAAGGAGACACUCAGAAGGGCCAGGACUCCAGGACCGUCAAUAAACACGUUGAUGGUGUCUCACCGCACAGAAUUAAAGCUACCAAGGACAAUGACUAGCCAGAGAAUUCCUCAGGGAAGGAACUGUCUGAGAGAAUACCUCUGACUGCUUGGAAGGAUGGUAGACGUGGAUGUGGUUAGGCAGGGGAAAGGGCAAAGAGAGAGAAAACUAAGGCACUCAAAGAAGGGAGUGACAGGGUGGGGCUGAGGAAAACUCAAAUUUUGAGGGGCAGUGAGGGCUGGGCGUUUGGGCCAACCUCUGGGCUAGAAGUGGGUCCCUACAGGUGUGGUACCAUGUCUGUGGGACAUGUCUGAGUACAACAUGCUACAUGUGCAUAAGGCAACUCCAGGGUAAGGGGUUGGGUGAAGACCACCUGCCUGCUCAGUCCCCAAAAGAUACAGACUGAGGCUCCAAGUAUGUGAGGAUAACCUUUUCUUUUUCUCUCUUAUUUAAUGGAAGAAUAACAUACUAUGAAAGCUACAGUAUGCAAAGAGUACAGCUAAUGAAUUAUGACGGAAGAUGCUAAUGUAGUCACCACCCAGUGUCACUAGUUCCCAAAGCCCACUGUGCACCCCUCUCAAUCACCAACUCCUUCCUUCUCCCCAGACCUCUUCCCUAGAGGUAAUUACUGAUAAGUUUUGCCUGUUUUUGAACUUUAUAUAAAUAGAAUCAUAUAGACACUGGCUUCUUCACUCACCAAGUUUUUGAGGUUUGUCUAUGUCAUAGUAUGUGGUUGCAGUUUGUUCAUUCCCAGUGUCGUGUGGGUUACACCCUCAUUUAUUUAUCCACAGUUAACGACUGUGGAUAAAUUUCAGUUUCCAAUUUUUGUCUAUUACGAAUUGUGCUGUCAGGAGCACUGUUGUACAUGUCUUCUUGUUGCUCAUAUGCCUUGCACCAGGAGGUAUAUCCUCAAGAGUGGAAUUGCAGGGUCACAGGCAGAAACUGCCAAAUAGUUUCCCAAAGUAGUUGUACCAGUGUACUCUCCUCCACUGGUGCCUGAGUUCCAGCUGCUCUAUAUCUUUCCCAAAACCUGGUGUUGUCAGUCAUUUUCAUUUUAGUCAUUCUGGUGCAGUAUAGUAGUAUUUGCUUUUACACUUGCGUUUCCCUGACGGCUAAAGAGGUUGAGCACCUUUUCAUUAGUUUACUGGCUAUUUGGAUCUUCUCUUGUGAAGCACCUGUUCACAUCUCUUGCACAUUCAUCGACUGGGUUGUCUAUCUUUUGUUGGUUUGUAGUAUGUAUUCAGGAUAUGAGUCCUUGGGUUGUAUAUCUUACAGUAUCUUCUCCCAUUCUUAACAUCUUUUGAUGAAAGGAAGUUCUUAAUUGUAAUGUAAUCCAGUUUUUCAGUAUUUUCCUUUAUGGUUAGUACAUUUUGUAUCCUAUUUAAAAAAUAUAUAUUUGCGGACUUCCCUGGUGGCGCAGUGGUUGAGAGUCCGCCUGCCGACGCAGGGGACACGGGUUCGUGCCCCGGUCUGGGAAGAUCCCACAUGCCGCGGAGCGGCUGGGCCCAUGAGCCAUGGCCGCUGAGCCUGCGCGUCCAGAGCCUGUGCUCUGCAACGGGAGAGGCCACAACAGUGAGAGGACUGUGAACCCCCCCCACAAAAAAAUAUAUAUAUAUACAUAUAUAUAUAUAUUUGCUUAAAGUCAUGAAGAACUUCUGUGUUCUCUUCUAAAAGCUGCAUUGUCUUUCCUUUCAUAUUCACAUGUCAAACCUGGAAUUGAUUAUGAAGGUAGUAUGAAGUAGGGGUCUCAUGUAAUUUUUUUCUACAUGGAUGUCCAAUUGACCCAGCACCAUUUAUUGGAAAGCCCAUCCUUUGUGUUGGCUCUUAAGAGCCACCCUUGUCAAAAUUCAAGUCUCCACACAUCUUUAGACCCCUCUCUGGAUUUUGUUCCAUUCAUCUGUCUAUUCCUGCACCAGCACCAUACAGUCUUGGUUUCUGUAGCUGUAGCUUUCUUGAUCUCCUAUAGACGAAGCUGUUCUCCUACUUGGAUUUUCUUCAGACUGUCUUGGGUAUUCCUGGCCCUCGUACGUUUUAGAAUCCAGUUUGUCAGUUUACACACACACACACACACACACACACACACACACACACACACACUACACAGUAUCUACUGGGAUUUCUAUCGGAGUUGCGUUGAAUCCAUUCUUUGGGAAGAAUUAGCAUGUGUGCAAUACAGGCAUACCUCAUUUUGUUGCACUUCACAGAUAAACUGCAUCUGUUACAAAUUGAAAGGUAUUGAAGGUUUGUGGCAAACCCUGUGUCAAGCAAGUCUAAUUGUUGCCAAUUUUCCAACAGCAUUUGCUCACUUCGUGUCUCUGUGUCACAUUUUGGUAAUUCUCAUAAUACUUCAGACUUUAUCAUUAUUAUAUUUGUUAUGAUGAUCUGUGAUCAGUGAUCUUUAAUGUUGUUUUUCUUUUAUUUUUGGCCACGCCAUGCAGCAUGCGGGAUCUUAGUUCCCCCACCAGGGAUCGAACCCGUACCCCCUGCAGUGGAAGUGCUGAGUCCUAACCACUGGACCACCAGGGAAUUCCCUGGUGUUACUUUUCAAAAAGAUUACCACUCACUGAAGGCUCAGGCGAUGGUUAGCAUUUUUUAGCAAUAAGGUUUUUUUUUUUUAAAUUUUGUGGUCCCCCCACCUUUUUAGGUUUUGAUUUUCUCUUUUUAAAAAAAUAUUUAUUUGGUUGCACUGGGUCUUAGUUGCAGCAGGUGGGCUCCUUAGUUGUGGCUCAUGGGCUCCUUAAUUGCGGCAGGCAACCUCCUUAGUUGUGGCAUGCGAACUCUUAGUUGCCGCACGCAUGUGGGAUCUAGUUCCCUGGCCAGGGAUCGACCCCAGCCCCCUUGCAUUGGGAGCACAGAGUCUUAACCACUGCGCCACCAGGGAAGUCCCAGCAAUAAGGUAUUUUUAAUUAAGGUAUGUGCAUUUUUUAGGCAUAAUGCUGUUAUUGCAAACUUAAUAGACUCUAGUCUAAACAUAACUUUUAUAUGCCCUGGGAAACCAGAAAAUUUGUGUAACUCACUUCAUUGUGAUAUUUGCUUUAUUGCGGUGGUCUGAAACUGAACCCACAGUAUCUCCGAGGUAUGCCUGUAUUUAAUCUUUCAGUCUUUGAACAUAGUUUUCCACUCCAUUUAUGUCUUUAUUUCUCUCAAUAAUGUUUUUUUCUUCCA